ACGCAGAGUUUCCGCAGUCACGGCGUCCCUCUGGUUCAGCGUCUUUCAGACCUUGUGGUGCCCUUAAACUUGAAGUUAUAAGUCUACCGUCAUGGCAUCUCAAGUGCCUGGGCUUUCAGCUCUGAUUAAACCGGGGUUAAUUCCGGGUUUCAAGGUUUCUAAAGAUCAGCUGACCCCCAUCGUUCCCAUUGCAGUGGCUGCGGCUCUGAGCACAUACCUGCUGACGCGCUACUUCAGUUCACACAGCAGUCCCGAGAGCAGGGUCAACAUGUCAGUCAACAAAGACAGCCCGAAAGUAGUGCACAGCUUCGACAUGGAGGACAUCGGCAACAAGGCCGUCUACUGCCGCUGCUGGAGGUCCAAGAAGUUUCCCUACUGCGACGGCGCACACACCAAACACAACGAGGAAACUGGUGAUAAUGUCGGACCCCUGAUCAUUAAGAAGAAAAACCCCUAGAUAUUCAGUGAGUGUGUGUGUGUGUGUGUUUCCAUCAGUGUUUUCCAUCCACUGGAGGUGAGAGUAACUGGACGAGGAUUUCUCUUCUCAGUGUUAAUGCAUCUCGUUCACACAAGGACUUCCUGUAGCACUGCAGA